AUGCCACCAUGUGAAUUCACAAAUGUCACACAAAGCCAUAAUGCCAAACCAAAUCUAAUGUCAUGCUCGACUGUUUGGCAACAAAAUUCAAAGAUAAUAAAAUUCAAUUAAAGAAUGAGAGAGAACUCACCCACUUUUGAAAUCAGGCUUUAGAGGAGGGAGAUGAAGGUGGGAUGGCUACACAUCGGUGGAACGAUGAAUCUGAGAGGAGUGGGGGUGCAUGACGACGGCGAUGGUGUUGCGAUUAAGUGGCAGCAGUGACAAUUCUAAUAAUCAAUUGAAGAAAGGGGUGGGCGGUGGAAGGGAGAUUGGCGAUGAGCAAGCGGCGACAAGUCUAAGAUAGAUGGGGUGCAUGGCGGCAGCGGCGAGUCUGUGAUGAGUGGAAAUGCAUGGCAGCAGUGGCGAUUGCGUUGUGAUUCGGCAGUGGAAGCAGCGAUUGAAGUGGAUUCAGGAAGAAAGGGUAGGGGUGUAUGGCGGCGGAGGCGAUGACAUUGUGAAUCGGCGAUGGUGAUGAUGGAGGUAUGAAUAGGUGAUGGAGGCAAUUGAGUAUAUUGAAGAAGGGGGACGACGGAAAGAGAUCUGCGUAUAAGAUCGGGAUAAGCUCGGAAAUACCGGCCGGAAUGUCGGUAGCUAAUAAAGAUACGGCGGCGGCGAUCAAGCUCUUCGGGAAGACCAUAGCUCUAACCCGCCCACACGACGACGAGAAGAAGUUUGGGGGAGUCAAGAGGAGGAGGAGGGCGGCGAAGGGAAAGAAACGCCGCCGUGUGAUAAAAGGAAGGCGGCGGGGGUGGGGGCCAGGCUUCCAUGCCCGCGGUGCAAAAGCAUGGUCACCAAGUUUUGCUACUACAACAACUACAACGUCAACCAGCCACGUCACUUCUGCAAGAACUGCCAGAGAUCACCACCACCAGCCCAUUCACGCCGCCGCCUCACCUUUCUACGGCGCCGUGUUUGGGCGCCCCCGUUGGCUCUCUGCUCCAAUUUCUCCCGCGGCGUUGGGAAAAAAUUACUGUACCAUUAUGGACACUGAUAAUUAGAUAAUUAAUUAAGUUUAAUCAUUGGUGAUCAUAUAUAUGAUAUCAACGAAACGUUAUUAGGUGAUUGAUGCACAAGAUCGGCCACAAGAGGUCGAUCAGGUAAAGAAAGCGUAUGCAUGCUUCUCAUGCAAUUUCAUUGAAGAAUUUUCUUACUCUACAUAAAUUGGGGUGAACUUU